GAAUACUGGGUGGAUAUGGGUUAUGGGGUAGGGGUGGUCGAGGCGCGGGAACAUUCUCCACGCACUCUCGUAGCAGUGGCAGUAGAGCAACCAGGACCUAAUCUGCCGGGGGAAGAGGAAGUGGCGGAACCUCGAUGCACUUGGGUCUCGCUUCCCACCCGGAAAGCGAUUGUGACGCACCGCUGGCGGAGCGAAGCUGCGGUGCACCACGCGGUGACCGGGCGCGUGGAGGCCAUGGAGGGGAACUCGGUGGUGACCACUGAGGGUAGCGGCGGCGAUGCCGGCGGCGUCCAUCCUAUUUUAGGGGCUUUCGAAAGACAGCACAACUGGAUGACCAGCCACCCUCAGUUUUUGGAGAUGAUGGAGUUAGAUGUGACAGAGACUUCUCAAGUUUAUACAGCAUUCUUAGUUUACCUGGACCUCUUGGAAGGUAGAAAAUGGCAUGAGGUAAAGAGUAUAGGACUACCAGAACUUCAGCUCAUCUGUCUCCAUGGUCAUGAGAAAGAAGGAGAAAGGUUACAGAUUGUGGUGCCAACAUCAGUUCAUGCAUCAUUCAGUCAUGAGAGACUAAGAGAGGUCAUGACACAUGCUUGCAAAUUACAAUCUGAACCCAAUUCCCCGAUGUCAGUGACCCUGGCCAUAGUGGAGUCAGAUUCGACAAUCGUCUAUUAUAAACUGACUGAUGGAUUUGUAGUACCAGAUCCUCCUGAAGCAGCUGAAGAGUCUGAUAGUAAACAGUGGAGAAAGAAAAAGAGACUCAAGAGAUGACUUGAGGUGUGAACUGAAGAACUGGACUGAAGGCAGUUCAUGGGAUCACUAAUGGCAACCCAGUGAGGAUGAACAAGAAUACAGUAGUUGAAUUUACAUCCUGAAGAAAACAAGCUUAACAAGCAAUGGAAUGACUGUGCAGACACCUUCUGAUCCAACUUUGCUUCUGCUAGGCCUAGAACCCAAAGAGAGAGAACCAAGAGGAAAAGAGUCCAUAUGCAUUUAUGGCAGCUGUUUUUUUAAUAGCUUUCAAAUGGAAAUUAAGGGAUUACCCACCGAUUGCAAUGAUUAAAUAAAUUGUGGUAUAUGAAGCUAACUUAUUGUGCCAUAAGAAAUGAUGAAAUAGACAGUUUCAAAAUAAAUUGGGAGAUCACUUUGAUCUGAUUCUGAGCAAAGGAAGAACACAGGUAUGGCAGACUUAGGGAUGCUGUGCCUUGCAGUUUGGAACUCUUGCUUAGCUAGGCUUUUGCUCCAGAUCUGUGGUCCAGCCUUUGGAGAAGCUUUUGCUUCUUCUGGAGACGAUCACCAUCUGACCUGUGGUAUGGGUACUUGGUACAAAGCCUGGACCUGAGUAGCUUCCCUGAACAGCUAUUCUGUCAUGUUCCAGGUACCCUCUCCAGUACCUACAAAUCUAUAACAGUUGCCUUGCCUGCCUCUUCUGGGAAACAAGGGACCUUCCUAGCUUCCCUGAGCAGCAAUUUUCAGGCUCACUUUCUGGCCUCUUACAACUCCAUGGCAGUUGCCUUGACUUUUCUGUUUUCCCCUUCACAAUUUUUCCCUGCCCCUCAACCCUGUACCACAUGCCAUGUAGCACUGAUGCUCUGAGAAAGCUCCAUGUGAAGACUGAUUCUCUGAGGACAAUGAUAAACCUACCUGAAUUCAUUCCUUGGUGAUGACCAUAUUUCUACCCUGUCAUUCUCCCCAUCUCAGUGAUUCUGAAUCCCUAGUUGCCAUUGUUCAAACUCCCAUUCUGUGCCCCACACUGACCACUUCCUUAUUCCUGUCCUCUUCAAUCCAGCCUCUCCCAAUGUCCCACUCUAAAGCCACCCAUUUCUUCCACUCUGAUCUCUGGACUUCCUGCUUCAUGGGUAAAAAACUAAUUUUUCUCUUGAAUUUGUCUCUCACUCUUCCAUCAUCUUGUAAUCAUUGAAACCUGGCUCCUUCCUGAUGAUGCUACAUCCCUGGCUAUCCUUUCCAGCACUGAUUGAACUUUUAUUCAUUCCUUACCCCGUCUCUCUACCCCCAAGCCACUGGCCUUGGUAUGGGAGUCAGAAUACUACUUGCUCUCCAUUAUCUCUUCCAGGCUUUUACUUUACCACCAUCACUCACCCCUUUUGAAGUUCAUUCAAUCCAUAUUAAUUACUAGAUCAUGAUUCUGCUGGCUAUUAUCUACCUUCAGGACCCUCUUUUCUCAAAGAGCUUAGUGGUUGGCUCACUGUCUUUCUCUUCCCUCCACCUCUUGCUCAUGCUAAGAUGCUUAAUCAUACAUGUUCCUACUCCUCCAAACACCUUAACCCUAUUUCCAAUGGCCUGCUUUUCCAUCCCAUCUUAACUACACCCAGAGAUGGUUUUGAUUUCUCCAUCAUCUGCAACUGGACCACUUCCAUGUUUGUUAACACUGAUCUGUUGUCAUUCUUUUUCUCCUUCUGCUUUGCAACCCCUGACCCUAUUCUUCAUUUUUUCUGGCUGGAGUUUCCUCCCCUCAUCUUGAUUCCUUGGCUUGCCUGGCUUCAUUCCCCCUUCUACAAGAAGUCUUUUCCAGGUGUUAGUAAUCCUAGGGCCUUCCCUCUGAGAGUGACUCAAUUUAUUCCACCUAUGUCUUGUUUGUGCCAGGCAAUUUGCAUGUGAGCUCCUUCUAGCUAGUGUCUGUCUUUUGCCUUUUCUUUGUACCCUUAGCACUUAAUGAAGUGCUUGGCACUUAACAAAUGCAUGUUGAUUUGGAGUGAGUGGAACUAGGAGAACAAUUUAUCCAAUGACAAUAUUACAGAGAAAAAAAGAAAAGACUUCAUAUCUCUGAGGAUCACUAUAAGGAUAAACCUUGAGUCCAGAAGACUGAGGAUGAAUCCUACCACUCACUUUUUGGACAUGGCUAAUGUGGAUAUGGGGGGAGGGGGAACUUGGAUUUUUUUGGUGUUUAUUAGAAGGAUUUUGUUUUUUAUUUUUGAUUAAUUGUCCAAUAGAGAGGGUACACAAUUUGAGGGCGAGGUAAUAAAUAUUUGUAAACGUG